AUACCAACUUCAACCAUUUCAACAUAAAUACAAGUAAUUAAACUAGUUGACAUUCACUUUUAACUCGAUAAUAAUCUUGUCGCCCAAUCUCGUACAACUAUCUCUUGGCUCGAAGUAAGAGCCAACAUGUGAUCUGAUGACAUGAACGGUAACUGAUUACCUGAAGCACAAAAAUGAGAUCAUCACCAUCAGCUGGCCGAGGAUAACGCACUCAGCUCAUUUAGCAGGGGACACAUUCCCUGCUCUUCCUUCCUAAAUCUUCAAACCCCCUUUUCUCUCUCAUCCAAAUGUGUUCAGUUUCCCCUUUUUAAUUUCAUCUGAAACCCUUUGCUGCAAUUAAAAUAAACAAAUUUCCACCAAAAUGUCAUUUGGGGUUUUUCAAUACCUUGAAAUUGGGCGCUAAUCAAUGUCAAUUUUCAAUCUAGAACUGUAAUUUGUUGGGAAUUUUUUCUGGGUCACAAAGACGCAAUCUUUGAGAUUUGAUUAGUGUAGGUAGGAAUUUAGCCUUUUUAUGGAAGGAAUUUGAGGUGUGAUUGAAGAUGCAUUGUGGGCUGUUUGGAAUUUUGGUGCAGAAAAUCAUUUAGUUGCAGUAAAAGCAGGCCUGAAUUGUGAAUUUUGAUUUAAGGUAAUCUUCUUGUGGUUGGAAUGCAAUCUUGAUAAAGCAGUUUGAGGGUAACUUGUGAUUUUGUUGCUUAAAUUGAGAAUGGAUGAUGAUAAGGAUAACGGUUCGAGAUAUAUUCCGAAAGCAUAUGGUCUGAAUGACCAGCAAGAGUAUGGUUCCUCGCUCCGCCCUAAGGGUUCUGGAUUCAGUGAUAGGUAUCCUAGGGAGAGUAAUCGAUAUCCCGGUGAUGAGGAGGAAGAUAUAGAAGAUGAAGAAUUAGGGGAAGAAGAUGUGGAAAGGAAUGGUGUUCGAAUGAUAGGCAAAGAUACUUAUGAUGAUGAGGGGGACGAGGAAGAGGAGGGGGAGGAGGAGGAGGAGGAGGAGGAGGAUGACUCUGAUGAUGAAGAAGAGGACAAUGAUGAUCACGAGGAUGGUAAAAGAUUUAAUGGGAAGGCAGAGGAUAUCAGCAAUGGAAUGCCUAGAAAGAAGCGGAGGUUAAAGACUAUAAUAUCGAAUUAUGAAUUUGCUCCGCGUGUGCCCACCCCUACCGUUCAGAAAGCUACAUUGCUUCAAGCUCAGCCAUCAUCUAGUGGGCAAAAUUCUGUGGGAGAUUGGACUGAAAAAGAGACUUUUGCCUUAUUAGAUGCAUGGGGAGAGCGGUUUCUUAGACUAGGCAGGAAGAGUCUUCGUUCAGAUGAUUGGCAAGAAGUUGCAGAAAAGGUGUCACAGGAGACAAAUGUUGAAAGAACUGAUGCUCAAUGUCGAAAUCGAUUGGAUACAUUGAAGAAAAAGUACAAAAAAGAGAAUACCAGGUUGACAGCAGGUGGAAGUGGCGUUAGCCAGUGGGUUUUCUACAGAAGGAUGGAUAUGUUGCUGUCUUCUCCACAUCAGCAAACUGGCCUUUCAUGUGGAAUUGACUCGGGGGAGUAUGUAUUUAUGAACUCUAACGUGUACUUGAAUCGUGCAAAUGGGUUGGAUGAGAUGAGAGAUAGCCCGGGAAAUUCAGAUUAUCUGAGAGAUGAGGACGGCAAUGAUUCAGAUGGACUCCCACCUAAGGGAAAGAAGAAUAAAGGGAGAAGAGUUGACGGUUCUUCUGUCCAAUUGCUUGCUGAUUCUAUUGAGAAAUUCAGUGAGAUAUAUGAGAAGAUUGAAAGUAAUAAGAGAAAGCAGAUGACAGAGUUGGAAAAGAUGAGGAUGGAUUUCCACAGGCAACUAGAAACACAGAGGAGGGAAAUUCUGGAGAGAGCUCAAGCCGAGAUUGCAAAAAUAAGACAAGGCGACGAUGAUGAAAAUGAUCUCUCUGCUGAAAACCUCAGUGGAUAGUGAUCUAAUAUGUAGUGAUUAGUAUUCAGUUGUAGCUCGUAAAUAAUGUAAUUCAUGUUCAUCGAUUGCCUGCUAAAUGUUGUACCAUAUUCUGUAAUAGGGGGUUAGCAUGGACAGGUUGUAUUUUUACAGAUUCAGGCACCUCAUUUGACAGUUUAUCAGAGUUUCUUAGGUUAAAGUCGAUUCAAAGAUUUCAACGCUUGGCAGAACUAUAUGUAUUCCAAAUCAAUGGAAAUUUAUAACCAUAAUGCCUGUUUUAAGUCC